AUGGAGUACUCGGACGCAUUCAGCUUUCUCAUCAUUGCUCUAAGCUACAAUGUGACGAUUAUAGGAAAGAUUUGGUUAACACUUGUGAUCCUCCUGAGACUUACGGUGAUAUUCUUAGCAGCCUACCCUCUCUACCAAGAUGAGCAGGAACGCUUCAUCUGCAACACAUUGCAACCAGGAUGCUCCAAUGUGUGUUAUGACCUCUUUGCUCCAGUAUCGCAUUUUCGGUUCUGGCUGAUUCAGAGUGUGUCUGUCCUCCUUCCUUAUGUUGUUUUUGGUGUCUGUGUAUCGCACAGUGUGGUCAGGCAGGUUGUAAAGCCCUCUUCCUCCCCUUACUCUCAGUACAAAGAAAUCAAGACUUUAUCUGGCUACAAAAUUACAAAGAAGUCCUUCAAAAGUGCAGCAAGAAAGAGAAAAAGUGGUAGGACAAAUGAAAUGGCUGCCCUGAAUUUUUCCAGGGCUUACGUUGUUCAUCUCAUUCUGAGAAUAUUGAUAGAGGCUGGCUUUGGAACUGGUCAUUAUUAUCUCUUUGGAUUUUUUGUUCCGAAGCAUUUUUCUUGUGACCACUUCCCUUGCACAAGUUUUGUUGAUUGCUACAUCUCCAGACCGACUGAGAAGUCCAUAAUGAUGCUUUUCAUCUGGGGACUCAGUAGCUUCUCCUUUCUCCUUAGCCUUGUUGACCUAGUCUUUGCUUUGCGAACCAGUGCUGUAAGAAAUCAGAGAAAUAAGCUUCUGUUGCAGAAGUUCAAAGAAGAUAGUCCAGGCAAAGAUUUACUUCAUCAUGGAAGCAUGGCCAUCCCUGAUGGUGGUGGAAAAUGCUUGCUUGCUUGUGAGGAUACAGAAGACUCUCCUUUUCCAGCUGCAAUGACCCUUCCGCAGACAAUUGGCUCUCAUCUCAACAGUAACCGUAAUAAGCUAUGUAAUGAAUCUGCCAAUCAAGGUCUGCUUUUUAAUGAAACCAAACAGCAGGAGAAUCCAUAUGAGCAAUCAAGACACGGGCAGCAGUCUUGCUUUAUCAAAGAACCCUUGGCUUUUAAAUCCCAGGAGAUGUGCCAUCAUAGGUCUCAUUCAUCUGCAAGUUACGACAAACCCUCAGUUCAUUAUUCUACCCUGGAGAGAAAGACGUCUGAUAUGGAAUCUGUCUGCAGUAGUUCUGAGUAUUCGAAAUCCAAAAAAUCUGAAUGGGUGUAG